AUGUCUGUUGACCGUAAAUUUUUGGAUAUAUUUUGGGAGUUGUCAGCAGAUGAUGAGUCUAAAAGAGUCAGUGCGGUUGAAAAACUAGUUAACGCUCUUAAGGAUAAAUCGAAUGAUGUGAAAACCACAUAUUUCACAUAUACCAGGCAGAGGCUUGUGAAAGGUCUAAAGUCGUUCGAAGAGUUUACACGGAUUAGUUUUGAAAAUUGUCUCACACGCCUUUUAAAUGAUUUUCCAUCAGAAACAUCUACUGCGGAACUGUUGCAAUCAAUGCGUGUUCAUGUAUACUCUUCAGAACCAUCUACUAAAAAUGAACGCUCAUCAGUGAAGGCAGCAUAUUUGGCUUGUCCGAGAGUACUUUGUGCAACGCACAGGAUGAAUGAGGUUGAUGAGGAAUUCACCAAAAUGAUGAUUCCUCCUAUUUUAUUGUUGACCAAAAGUGUCCAUCACAGGACAGCUGCUUACUUAACAAUAUCGGAGGUCAGCACUAAGGCACCGAAGCAUUUCUUUGAUACAGACUUAAAUGAAUUCCUUAAAGCCACGUGGAAUGAUAUGAUGUCUUCAAACACAAGCCUAACAGGUGAACUUUUACUAGUCAUACUGUCUUUCCAACAUCGUUUUAAGAAACUGAAUAUUCCACUGGUGGACUUUUCCGAGAAGAAAUACCGCCGAAAGCUUCUUUUCAGUAUUCUCCACUCUGACGAUGAUGUUAUUGUGAGAUUGAUAGAUGAAGUGGUGAAGCUCAAUAUGCUUACUGAUGUUUGGACUUCCGUAAAAGAGUCUUUAUGCUCCAACAUCAACGAUACCAAAAAUACUUUACGAUUUCUACAAAUAGUUGUCCACAUUGUGUGUAACAGUGAUGAAAAAUCUGCUGAACUGGUCAUAAGUAAGGACGUCCUUGAUAUUUUCAGCAUGCAGCUAUCGGAUUCAAAGUAUAAAUAUUUUAAUAGGGUGUCGAAUUUGUUAAAAACAAUGAUUAAGAAAGUUGUUGACUCUGUAAAUACUGACAAAUCUGUAUGUGAUUCUUCAACUUCGAAUCGGUUAUUGGAAUUGAUUGUUACUAACUGUCCUUUGUUUGAUUUCUACUGCGAUACUGGCGCUCCUAAGCUAUGCCAGAUUAUCUUCGAAUCUGCACCGUUAUCGCUGACACUUGACACUCUUCAGUUGUUUGUCAAACAACUAACGCAUGCCUUUGCUAACACUGAAAUCUAUAACACAUCGAAAGCUACAAAUGCUAAGACAGAUGAUUCUGGAUACUGUCAUUCACCUGAUACUGUUCGACUGUUUGUCAUCAAAUAUCUACAAAUCAUUAUGCAUACAAUUAUAAGAUUCAGACAUGCAGAUUCAGGAAAACUGUUUGAUGAGAUACUCAACUUUUUAUUGACGAUCGGUUUAGCCUAUUCGCAUAAAGUUGAUAUGAGCAAUUUAAAAGUACCAAUCUCUGAAACUGUUGGUAAAGCCGCUUGGUCGGCUAUAUUUAGUACACUGGAUGGCAUGAUUCUUCAGACAGCUAGCACCAGCAAGCAUUCUGAUCCACAUCAAGCAUCAAAAAAUAUCUCCAGCCUAGACGUAAUUAAACACUUUAUAACUCUCAUCAAGAAUGGGAUUUCACAAUGCUCAAAGUUUACUGGCAGCAGUGAUAAUUCUCCUCUAAAUCUGGAUUCGCUAAAACAGUGUCUUCAACUGCUACAAAAAGUCGAUUCUCAGGAUCAGUUGGAUCAGUAUAUCUUAAUUUUAUGCGCCGCUUGUUCUGUCUUCUCUUUCUCCAUGCCACAUGAAGAUACUGUGACCCUGAUUAGUGAUAUAAUCGAAUGUAGAAAAAGGCGUUUAAAGAAUGCUGUCAACGAAACUCCACAUUGGUCAGAAGUUCUUACAGACGUUAUACUAAGUGCUAUUUCUUAUCCUAUUCAGAAAGUAUUUGUAUUAACCAGUGAUCAUAAUCAUAAUACCAACAACAACGCGGAUGGAAAAUAUCCAUCCUGUUUAAAAUUAAUUGGUGAUAUCCUGAAAACGCGACCGACAAAGCGUACCAACAAUAAUUCGAAAUAUGAUGAAGGUGAUUCUGAUGAAUCAGAAACAGAAGAAGAUUUAGUUCAAUUUUCAACGAGAUUAGUACAAUCUGAUGAACAGGAGUCAAUGAUGCAGAUUAGUGAUUCAGAGGAGACAGUUGAUGAUGAUAAGGGGAAUGAUGAUGAUGAAGUGAAUCAGGAAACAAGCGGUGAUGAAAGUAAGUUUUUUUAA